AAUCUAAGACUGGCCUUGGACGACUUAAGGCUUCAUCACCUUGGACGAUUGAAGAAUCUAAGACUAUUCCUGAAGGAGAGCGCCCCAAAGCGCUUGUAGCGCCUUAUUCAAGCUUCAGAUUGCCUUGGAGUGCCUAUUGGUUUUAGUCUUAGAAUUAGUCCAUUUGAUGCGGGUAUCCACCCUAUAUGUUUUCUCUUCUUUUCUUACGUCUCUUUUAGGUUUUAUUUGGUGGAGUUUUAAAUUUAUUUUUUCAAUGGGUUUUGAGGCGCCUAAAACACAAAGGCUAGCGCCCUCGCUUGGUGCCUAGAUCUUAGGUUUUGAGGACCCUUAACGCCUCACACCUUUUAAAACUAAGGGUGGGGUUACAAUUACAUAAUUCCCAUGGGAAUAAGAAAGGAAUAGAUAAGAAAGAGAGGUAGAGGAAGAUAAAAACAAAGGCUACGCUUUUGUUCUCUUUUAAAUUUUUUAUCCUUUUGAGAGACUCCAUGUUAAAAUGUGUUGCUUUCUCUAAUUUUGCUGCCUCUAAGAGAUUCUCUCAACUUCUCUUUGAAGUCAAAGAAGAUGGGUAAGAACUUAAAAAAAAAAAAAAGAAAUUUUGAUAUAAUUUUUAUUUGGAAGUGAGAGAAAGGAAAAGAGCAUCUUCAGCUCAUGGGCAUAUAUUCCUUAUAGCCCCACUUAAAAUGUUUCCAGAUAUGGUGUGAGAACAUAGGACAAGGCCAACCAACUUAUUAAUAUUAUAUUAAAGAAUCUACAUUUUCUUCAUAUUUUUGAAGCAUUAAAGCUGGAAGAAUCAGUCAGAGUUUGCUAUUCUACAUUUAUCACGAAGUAUAUAUGUAUAUGUCUUGGGUUCUUGCUAUCUCUUAAUACUCCUGAAAACUUAAAGAUGGAUCAUCUUCAAAAUAUGAUAUCUCAAGACAUGAACUUAGUUUUAUCUACUGAUGCCAAACCCAGGCUUAAAUGGACUCCUGAACUUCAUCAACAAUUCGUCGAUGCAGUCAAUCAGCUUGGAGGGCCGGAGAGGGCAACACCAAAGGGUCUAAUGAGAGUGAUGGGAAUUCCAGGACUCACUCUGUAUCACCUCAAGAGUCAUUUACAGAAAUACAGGCUUGGAAUAAAUCAACAGCACUUAGAAACCUGCAGUGAAUCUAAAUCAGAUGCUGCAGAUUACAAAGAAAACCCCAGCAUAAAUAUGCUUAAACUUUUCAGUGAGGAAAAGGAAAUAAAUGAUCCUACUCAAAAUCAGGUUGAUGAAAAUAUCCGAAUAUCGCAAGCUAUAGAAAUACAAAUGGAGGUACAGAAAAAACUCCAUGAACAAAUUGAGGUACAAAGGCACUUACAGCUACGAAUCGAAGCACAAGGAAAGUAUUUACAGAAGGUUUUGAAGAAAGCACAUGAGACUAUUUCUAAUUACAACUGUUCAGAAACUGGAUUAGAACAUGCCAAAGCUGAACUGUCUCAAUUAGUCUCAAUGGUUAAUAGUUCAUCAUUCUCUAGUCUAACAGAUGCAACUGAUUUAUCCUGUACAAUGAGAUAUACAGGAUGUUCUAAUGAAAGCUCCUUGACUUCAUCUGAGAGCUCGGGUAGAGGAGACGAGGAAUUCGAAAAGGGUAGCCAUGAAAAUUGUAUGUUUAUUCUACCAUUGCUAGAUGAUUCAAGAACAGAAGAAUUGGGUUCAAGAAAGAGGAGCAGAAACACAGUUUAUGAGAACAAUAGGGUAGAACAAACAGGUUGCAAGAAAUCAAAGUUUGGAUUUUUGGAGACAAUUGAUCUGAAUAGUCAAUGUGGGAAUGACUUAGAUUUAGGCUCAAGACAACCAAUAGACUUGAACUCAAAGGAAUAGAAAUAUUCCAAUUACAUCUUUAUUAGGUGCUUUUGGGUGCGCCAUUAAAUUAGAUUGACCUACUUAUUUUGAAUAAUGUGAUAAUUUAAGCCAAAAAUAGUGGGUUUUGAGGAGAUGAUGUUUGUUUAUACAUAAAAAAAAAUAUAUGAUUGUUUGUAUAUUUUUGGACUUUCUGGCAACUUUGUUUUAGGGUGUAUACUGAAAAAGAGGCAUUUAUAUAAUGUAUUAGGAUUAAUUAUAUGCUUAAUCCGAGAAACUUCUAAAUAG